AUGUCAGGAAGAGGCCGAGGACGUGGUCGAGGCGGACACUCCCGUCGAUCUGAUCGAGACGUUGCUAAUGAAUCUGGCCGCGUAGAGGACGACAUUCCAGUUCCAAAGGCAUUUAAACUCGCGACGCAGUUUUUGACAUUGGAUACAUUCUUGACGACUAUCGGUUUCGUCUUUGCUGGAUUUGAAGCAGAAGCCGUUAAAAAUAAUCUCGACUUUAUUGACUUUAUUCGGCGUUCAUUCAUCGAAUGGGACAGUAGCAUCGCUGACUUGGUCUUGCUAUCCGUUGCACGAACUGUACUUGUUCUGAUUAUUGGAACUGCUCUGCGUCGUUAUCCAACUGCACGGAAAUUAUAUGCUUGGAGAUUGGCGAUCUAUGCAGUUCUCGCCUUGUCAACUGGAUUUGUUAUUUUAAAGCUCGUACAAGUGAUUCAGACGUCUGGGAGCUCUGAUAAAUGGAUUGUUACUCCUGGGUUCAUGUAUACAGGUGUAGGAGCUCAAUUAAUCUUCUCUUUGAUCGAGUUUGGUGGUGCUCUGCAAUUCACCAAGGCGUGGGUCCUAGCCCUCGAUUAUAAACCAAUACCAAAUGAAGACGGUACUCCCAACUCUAGUCGUAGAGGAUCGAAUUCCAGCCGUAGAGGAUCAAAGAUUGAUCUUCCCGAACCACGUAGACCGAUACCAUGGACGCGUCUACUUGGUCUACUCGCUCCAGAUUGGUAUUUGAUGAGUAUAGGCAUGCUGAUGCUGUUAUUCAAUAGUGCUACAUCACUAGUCGUACCGUAUUAUGUGGGCUUGGUAGUAGAUUUGGUCUCUAAAGCCAUGGGAAGUCAUAUCCCCGACGAACUAGGAACGUACAUGCUGGAGCUCUUCUUUAUCUUUAUGCUGGGAGGUCUGACCGGAAUGCUACGCUCCUAUGCUUUUACCGUGACUGGAUACAAUGUUGUGAAACGCCUCCGUGUUAAUGUCUUUGGCGCCAUCAUCCGUCAGGACAUUUCAUUUUUUGACUCGACCAAAACUGGAGAAUUGAUUUCGAGAUUAUCGUCGGAUACACAAAUGCUACAAAGCGCGCUGACGGUGAAUGUAUCAAUGUUGGUUCGUUCUCUUGUCAGUGUUCUUGGAUCAGUCAUCAUUUUACUGUCUCUAUCAUGGAAAUUGACCUUACACGUCUUAACUGCUUCUGUCAGAAUUAUGAUGAUGAUAGUCCCCGCAGUAGUGCUCGCCGCUAUUCUCUAUGGAAACGCUGUUGGUGAUUUGCAAGAUGCAUUCCAAUCCAAACUUGCCUCCGCUGCCUCAGUAGCUCAAGAGGUGAUAUCUCAGGUCCGAACAGUUCGAGCUUUCGCAAAGGAAGAAUAUAGUUUAAACCAAUAUUCAAAUGCCAUUGAAGAGACACAGAAGGUUGGAAAGAGGAUUGCAGUUGCUCAAUCUAUAUUCAUGGGAGCAAUGUCCUUCUUGCCUCAAACAUCGAUCGCCCUUGUCCUGUACUUUGGAGUCCUGUUGGUCAUCAAGGGAGAGAUCACUGCUGGUUUACUGACGAGUUUCCUGUUUUAUACUCUCAACUUGGCCAUGAGUUUUGGAACUAUCUCUAGUUUGUUUGGAGACUUCAUGCAAAGUCUUGGAGCUUCAAGUAGGAUCUUUGAUCUGCAAGAUAGGAUUCCUACUAUUCCCGUCUCCGGUGGUGAACAACCACCAUCUUUCGAUGGACGAAUUGAAUUCAAGAAUGUCGAUUUCGCCUACCCAUCACGACCAGAAGCAGUGGUUUUGAAAGACUUUAGCCUUCUCUUGGAACCAGGCAAAGUUUGUGCCUUAGUGGGUCCUUCUGGUCAAGGCAAAAGCACUGUAAUGUCAUUGACUAUGAGAUUUUAUGACGUUCUUGCCGGAAGUAUACUUGUGGAUGGUCGAGAUCUUCGUGAUCUGGAUCCCGCUUGCUAUAGGAAGAGCGUCGGUUAUGUCAGUCAAGAACCUGUUUUAUUUGAUGGAACAAUUCGCGAAAACAUCUUGUAUGGUUGGCAUAAGGUCCAACAGCCAACAGAAGACGAGAUCAUCCAAGCGGCCACGCAAGCCAACGCCCAUGACUUUAUCAAGAAUUUUCCCAAGGGUUAUUCGACUCUUGUGGGGGAACGGGGUGUAACUUUGUCUGGAGGCCAGCGUCAACGAAUCACGAUUGCCCGAUCGUUUUUGCUGAAUCCACGUCUCCUACUCCUUGAUGAAGCAACGAGCAGUCUGGAUGCUGAGUCCGAGUUCCUUGUGCAAGAAGCAAUCAACAGGAUCAUGAUAGGAAGAACUGUUUUGAUUAUAGCUCACAGGCUGUCGACUGUUCGAAGUGCCGAUAUGAUUGCUGUUAUUGAGGGAGGAAAGUUGACUGAGAUGGGAAGUCAUGACACAUUGAUGAAACAUACCAAUGGUGCAUACAGAAAACUUGUCAACCGACAAACUGAUGGAUUUAAACUAGAGUAA